AUGGAUUCUCCUUGGAGCCCCAGAAUUGAAAUCUCAGGUGAGCUGAAGGAGAAGGAGUCUGUCACUAUAACCUGCUCAGCUUUCACUCCCUGUCCACACUCCCCUCCUAAACUCACCUGGAAUCUCCAACAAGACGCUCACAACAAAAUAGAGGAAAACGCAGAUCGAACCUUUACGACUAAAAUCCAGACGACCAUCACUCUGUCUGACAAGCACGACGGAUACAACAUCACCUGUUCUUCCAGCUACUCUGUGAAUGAAGGACAAAAUGCUAAGUCAGCAGAGGGAAAAGUGACUCUCAGUGUUUCAUAUGCUCCCAAAGACACCUUAGCGAGGAUCAGUCCAUCAGGUUCGGUGUCACCAGGUAGCUGGGUGAACCUGACCUGCUCCAGCAGAGCCAAACCUGCUGCCAACUUCACCUGGUUCAACAUCAGCAAAGAUGGACCCAUGAAAGUAUCUGAAGGAGACUUUUACAGCUUCAGUGUGACAGAUGGAGGAGUUUAUCACUGUGUGGCCACAAAUGAUCUUGGUAAUCAGAUGUCAUCAAGGAUCCAUCUGACUAUUAAAGGUGAUGAACAGUUGAAAUUGGUUGACGUCCACAUUAUACUGAAGACUGUGGGAAUUGUGAUACUGGUCAGUACAGUGAUCAUCUUUGAGUGCUGGUUCAGAACAAGACGUUCCACCAAACCAGUGAAGGACACAGUAGAAGCAGACUAUGUCAACACAGUGAUGGAGUUGUCAUCAUGAGCCAUGAGGAGAGGAAGACCACAUGUUCAUCAUCAGUAGAAUUACAUGAUAUCCAGUAUUGUCUAUUCUGUAUUACAUGCUUAUUCAUCAUUUGCAUUUGUUAGUGUUCCACUUACAAGAAGGCAGAUAACUGCUUCCUCCAGGGCAGUAAAUAUGAAAUAGUCUUACUUUGUAUAAGCUUUGAAAGAUGAACAAGAUGAUCCCAGACUUCAUCAGCAUGUGAAGGUGGUUUUGUUUCUGCAGUGCAUUUCUUCUUUUUUCUUCUGAGAGUCAACAUAACAUCUUCAUUACUAAUGUUGGACUGAUUCAUGGCACCAGUAGUUUUUCUUUUGUUUUUAAGAUGUCAAAAACAUAAUUAAACCAUGUUAUUAAUACAAUUAAUUAGUAAUGAAAUGAAAUGACUGUUAAAAUGUGAACUUUCAGAUUUUUUGCCAAGAAGCUUUUCAUGUAGUGUUUAGGAGGAAAGUAUUUUCAUCACUUAUUCUGUCAUUUGUUUUAGCACAUUUACACAGGUAAAGGUUGAUGAUAGCUGUAGAUGACGGAUUUCUUAAUGUCACAUUUACAGCACAGAAGUCAGCAAAGACACUGUGGUAACUGUGCAAAAAACAUUGUUAUGAUUUCAGCUGAUUAAUUGUGUCAUUAUUGUAAUUCAUGUGAUAUAUUCUAUACAUAUCAAUAAUAAAGAAGAUUAAGCAUA